UAAAACUCAUUCGGCCUUUAACAUCUGUGUUUACACUUAAUUAUCUUAUAAACACAAACUUGUUAAUGACACCUAUAAAAAAGUAAACAAUGCGGCGAUUAGAUCGCAUUUGCCUUGAAUAUCUGCAAGCGUCUUCAUGAAUCCAAAUAUUUUUCACAUCGACGAAAAUGUGCGCAAAAAUGCCUUAGAAGAACAUAACAAGACGGAAGAAACAGCUAGAGAAGAUGCGAAAACAAUCCAAAUAUGGAUGAAAACACAACAUCACCUGCCUGAAGUCAUGGAUGAGGCCAAAAUUAUCAAUUUUUUAUUUAUGAAUAAAUUCAACGUCGAAAAAACCAAACGCAAAAUUGACACAUAUUACACUGUGAGGUCGUUAAUACCGGAUUUUUUUGAACAAACCAAUCCAAAAUCGCCACUAAUGCGCGAAGUUGUCGAUGCUUUAUAUUUUGGAGUGUGUCCGAAAGCCCUAAAUGACAAACACAGAGUGUUUAUAAUCAAAGUAAGAGAAUCGAAUAAAUUUGGACCUCGUGAAUUGGUUAUGCAUUCUGCGAAUGUGACAGAAAUGCGUUUGUAUGAGGACUGUUUUGGAAGUGGAGAAAUUUUGAUUUUUGAUAUGAUUAAUGUUUCAUUAAGCGAUUUGAAAAAACUUACUCCAACUGUGGUGGCGAAAAUUCUUGCGAUUUUUCAGAAAGUGUAUUCAAUUCGUUCGGAAGGAAUUUACAUCCUUAACAGUCCCUCGUACGUAUCCGUCGUAAUAUCAAUUUUGAAAUCUGUUUUAAAGCCAAAAAUAUUCGAAAGGGUACAAGUUUGUGAAAACACUGAUAUUUUAAAAACAAUUAUCUCCAGCGAAGAUAUCCCAAAGGAUUACGGUGGCGAAGGACCAACACUUGAAGAAUUGCAUGAAAUGGUGAAUCUGAAACUGGCUUUUUAUCAAGAUCGGUUUGACGAAUUGGAUCAUUUAAGAGUAGAUGAAAGUUUAAGAGCUGAGAAGCUUAACACAGAGGAGAUAUUGGGAAUUUAUGGCAAAUUUAAGAAAUUUCACUUUGACUGAGUUUAAGGUAGAAAUGUACAAAUAAAUAAAAAUUCAAUGUUUA